AUGGUAGGAAUUUCUGGUCUAAGAACACUUGCAGAGCUAAAUAUAAAAAGGUGCCCCAAACUUCGGCUUGAAUUGAAUCUUUCUAGCUUGAACUCCCUGAAGAGGAUUACCAUUGUUGAAUGUUUGAGUGUGUACAACAUAACAUUGCCAACUACACUCAUCGAAAUCACACUGCAGCGGUGCAUGAAACUACAAUUUAUAGCAGGAAUAGGGCAUCUGACAAAGCUUAGAGAGCUGCAUAUUAGCGAGUGUCCAGUGUUUGAGGAGAUGCCAGUUGUGUGUGGUCUAAGUUGCCUGGAAAGGAUUACAAUUGAUGGAUGGGGUAAGUUCAGUUAUCUUCACGUGACUGAUUGUGUGAUUUUGAAAGCAGUAAGGGGUAACCUUGAUAUGGGCCAUCUGGCACAGUUGUGGAUAUCGGAUUGUCCGGAGCUUGAAGAGCUGCCUUGUUUUGCACGUUUAACUUGCUUGGUGGAGAUUCGCAUAUUCAGAUGUAGGAAGCUACAGCAAGUUACUUUGCCAAGAACACUGAAGAAUCUUCAGUUAGUUGCUUGUAAAGAACUGAAAAGUGUUUCAGAAAUAUCCCAUCUCAAGAAUCCGGUAGAACUGAUUAUUUCUCAGUGUGGGCAGCUCGAGCUUGAGUUGCGUCUUGAGGCUAUCGACUCUCUCCAGACAAUAACAUUUGAUGGUUGUGGGAAGAUCAAGUCUUUUCAGUUGAACAAAUGUCAAAAUAUCAAGAGAGUGUCGAGUAACUUUGUUGUGGAAUGGAUUUCGAUUAGUGGUUGUCACGAGCUUGAGGAGUUGUCCAUACGUAAUUGUCGGGAACUGAGCUGGGUGAAGGAGAUUAAUAUUGAGUCAUGUGAUAAGCUGCAAAACAUAACACUGCCAGCAAGGCUCACCAAUCUAAUUGUGCAACGUUGCAGACAUUUGCAAAAGAUUGCAGGAAUGGAUGAUCUUUCAAAGCUGACAGAGCUGGAAAUCACCGAGUGUCCGGAGAUUGAGUUGCCAUUUCUUGCCGAAUUGAGCCGCCUGGAGAUAAUCACCAUUAACUCUUCCGAGAAGUUGCAUAAGAUAAUAUUGCCAGCGUCAGUCUUGAAAAUCACAGUGCAACGGUGCAAAAAUUUGCAAAUGGUGGAAGGGACCCGCAGUCUUACAAAACUUACAGAUAUAUGCAUUGGUGAGUGUCCUGAGCUUAAGGAGUUGCCAAUUUUCGCCGGAAUGAAGUUCUUGGAGAUGAUUGCAAUUUAUUCUUGUGAGAAGCUGCACAACAUAAUAUUGCCAACUACACUCAUCAAACUCACAGUUCAGAAUCUGUACAGAGGAUCGCAAAUGUUGACAGCAAUCGAAAAUCUCACAGAACUUGAAGAGUUGUCCAUUUGUGAGAGUAGUGAGCUCGAGGAGUUGCCAAGUUUUUCAAGACUGAGCUGCUUGAAGAUCAUUGUAAUCGAUUCCUGUGAGAAGCUGCACAACAUAAUACUUCCAACGACGCUCAUCAAGCUCACAGUGCGUAGGUGCAGAGGAUUGCGAAUGGUAGCAGGAAUCGGCAAUCUUACAAAGCUUACAGACAUAUGCAUUGGUGAGUGUCCUGAGCUUGAGGAGUUGCCCAUUCUCGCUGGACUGAGGUUCUUGGAGAUGAUUGCAAUUUAUUCAUGUGAGAAGCUGCACAGCAUAAUAUUGCCAACUACACUCAUCAAACUCACAGUGCGUAGGUGCAGAGGAUUGCGAAUGAUAGCAGAAAUCGGCUAUCUUACAAAGAUUACGGACAUCUGCAUUGGUGAGUGUCCCGAGCUUAAGGAGUUGCCAAGUCUUGCCCGACUGAGCUGCUUGAAGAUGAUUGCAAUUUAUUCUUGUGAGAAGCUGCACAACAUAAUACUGCCAACUACUCUCAUCAAACUCACUGUGCAGAAUCUGUACAGAGGAUCGCAAACGUUGACAGCAGUAGAAAAUCUCACAGAACUUGAAGAGUUGUCCAUUUGUGACAGUCCGGAGCUUGAGGAGUUGCCAAGUCUUGCAAGAAUGAGCCACUUGAAGAUGAUUGUAAUUGAUUCUUGUGAGAAGCUGCACAGCAUAAUACUUCCAACUACGCUCAUCAAACUCACAGUGCGUAGGUGCAGAGGAUUGUGUAUGGUAGCAGGAAUUGGCAAUUUUACAAAGCUUACAGACAUAUGCAUUGGUGAGUGUCCUGAGCUUAAGGAGUUGCCAAGUCUUGCCCGACUGAGCUGCUUGAAGAUGAUUGCAAUUUAUUCUUGUGAGAAGCUGCACAACAUAAUACUGCCAAGUACUCUCGUCAAACUCACCGUGCAGAAUCUGUACAGAGGAUCGCAAACGUUGACAGCAGUAGAAAAUCUCACAGAACUUGAAGAGUUGUCCAUUUGUGAGAGUCCCGAGCUUGAGGAGUUGCCAAGUCUUGCAAGAAUGAGCCGCCUGAAGAUGAUUGUAAUUGAUUCUUGUGAGAAGCUGCACAACAUAAUACUUCCAACUACGCUCAUCAAACUCACAGUGCGUAGGUGCAGAGGAUUGUGUAUGUUAGCAGGAAUUAGCAAUCUUACAAAGCUUACAGACAUAUGCAUUGGUGAGUGUCCUGAGCUUAAGGAGUUGCCCAUUCUUGCCGGACUGAGCUGCUUGGAGAUGAUUGCAAUUGAUUCUUGUGAGAAGCUGCACAACAUAAUACUUCCAACUACGCUCAUCAAACUCACAGUCCGUAGGUGCAGAGGAUUGUGUAUGUUAGCAGGAAUUAGCAAUCUUACAAAGCUUACAGACAUAUGCAUUGGUGAGUGUCCUGAGCUUAAGGAGUUGCCCAUUCUUGCCGGACUGAGCUGCUUGGAGAUGAUUGCAAUUGAUUCUUGUGAGAAGCUGCACAACAUAAUACUUCCAACUACGCUCAUCAAACUCACAGUGCGUAGGUGCAGAGGAUUGUGUAUGUUAGCAGGAAUUAGCAAUCUUACAAAGCUUACAGACAUAUGA